AGCUGCCGGAUCCUUCUCGAAAACAUGGGUGUACGUUCACGUCGGCUGCAGACGAUUUUCGGCAAACAGUCUCUUUUCGGCACGAAACGGGUCACACGGGGUACAGCGGUUCUGAGAGCAGCUUGCGAGAUGAACGGUCUGUUUGAGGAAACCGCAGAGGAGCACGAAGAUAGAGAGGAGCGGUCAGAGAGGGACACCUGUCACCGGAGGAGGCUGCUCGAUACCGCGGUGAAGCCCAAACUCAGUCUGCACACAGCAGAUGACGGGAAGAUGUUGGUGAUUAAAGAAGAGGUUCCCCCUGAGCAGCAGUGGAGCUCCAGUGUUGACCAGGAGGAGCCAGAGCACCCCCCCAUUAAAGAGGAAGAGGAGGAAGUGUGGAUCAAACAGGAGGAGGCAGAUAUCAUUGCUGUGACUGUGAAGAGUGAAGAUGAUGAGACACUAGAGUCCUCAAAACCCGAUCAGAGACUGAAGACUGAAGACUGGGAGGAGACCAGUGAACCACCAGUGAAAAAUAAAACAAUAUCCAGUCAUUCAAGAGGUAGCACUGAUGGGCAAAUGUGCUGUCCUGAAUGUGGUAAAACAUUUGGAUGUAAGUCACUUUUGUUGAUACAUGUUAACACUCACUGUAGAGAGAAACCAUUUUGUUGCUCUGAGUGUGGUAAAGGAUUUAUCCAACAGAGUAGUCAAACAGGAGAGAAACUAUCGAGUUGCUCUGAAUGUGGUAAAAAAUGUGCCUAUAAGGCACUUCUGUUAAGACACGAGAACACUCCUUCUGGAGAGAAACCAUUUAGUUGCACCGAGUGUGGAAAAUGUUUUAGCGCAAAGCGCAAUCUAAAGAGACAUAAGCAAGUUCACAUAGGAGAUAAACCGUUUAGUUGCUCUGACUGUGGUAAAAGAUUCAGCUAUGAGGGCUAUCUGAGGUCACAUGAAAAAAGCCACACGGGAGAGAAACCAUUUAGUUGCACCGAGUGUGGAAAAUGUUUUAUCGAAAAGCGCAAUCUAAAGAGACAUGAGAAAAUUCACACAGGAGAUAAACCGUUUAGUUGCUCCGACUGUGGUAAAAGAUUCAACCAUGAGAGCUAUCUGAGGUCACAUGAAAAAAUUCACACAGGAGAGAAACCAUUUAGUUGCUCGGAUUGUGGUAAACGAUUUGCUGAGAAGGGCCGUCUGAGGAAACAUGAGAACAUUCAUUCAGGAGAGAAACCAUUCAGUUGCUCCGCGUGUGGUAAAAGAUUUACUCGUAAGAGUAAUCUGAGGUCACAUGAGACAAUUCACACAGGAGAGAAACCAUUUAGUUGCACCGAGUGUGGUAAAAAAUUUAUCACAAAGAGCAAUCUAAAGGAUCAUGAGAAAAUUCACACAGGAGAUAAAUUGUUUAGUUGCUCCGACUGUGGUAAACGAUUCAGCUAUGAGUGCUACUUGAGGUCACAUGAGACAAUUCACACAGGAGAGAAACCAUUUAGUUGCACCGAGUGUGGAAAAAAAUUUAUCGCAAAGCGCAAUCUAACGAAACAUGAGAAAAUUCAUACGGGAGAUAAACCGUUUAGUUGCUCCGACUGUGGUAAACGAUUCAGCCAUGAGUGCUACUUGAGGUCACAUGAAAAAAGCCACACAGGAGAGAAACCAUUUAGUUGCACCGAGUGUGGAAAAAAAUUUGUCACAAAGAGCAAUCUAACGAAACAUGAGAAAAUUCACACAGGAGAGAAACCGUUUAGUUGCUCGGACUGUGGUAAACGAUUUACUGAGAAGAGUAAUCUGAGGAAACAUGAGAAAAUUCAUACAGUAGUGAAACCUUUUAGUUGCUCAAAGUGUGGUAAAAGAUUUCGACGAGAAGACGAAAUGGAGAAACAUAUGCAAAUUCACGCAGGAGAGAAACCAUUUUGGUGCUCUGAGUGUGGUGAAGGAUUUAUUGAUCAGAGUAAUCUGAGGAAACAUGAGACAUUUCAUUCAGGAGAGAAACCAUUUAGUUGCCCAGUUUGUAAAAAAAGAUUUACACGGCAUAGUCACAUGGAAAAACAUCAAUGUGUUGGUGACCCGUCAGAGCUUAAUCAGAGUCAGACUGAGAGGACACAGAGGACUGUGCAGGACCACGGCCUGUCUGGAACUCAGGAACACAUUCCCCAUUUCCAACAAAGUGAACCUGGAGUGGUACUAGUGGAGUGGUACUAGUGCUGGUUCAGAACUUGUUUAUCCAAAUCCUUAUGUCAUGUUAUACGUCACUCUUUCAUGCGUCAACUGUGUAAUGUUGGACCUGGUUAAAAGCCUUGUGACACCCAGUGAUGUAGUACUCGAGUCCAGUCUCGGACUCGUUCCUUCAAAGACUCGGUCUUGACUCGGACUCGGACCACAGUGGGAGGAGAAGGACUCGUAAUUUCAGACCGAGUCCUCGAGACCAACGCAUUUUUUUAUGUUCAUGUUAUGUCCUAACUAUGAUUAAAAAGGUCAGGGUGGGCUUAACAUGUUGAUGACAGAGCAGCACUGUUGAAGCAGUUUAUAAAAAUAGGCAGAAGAUGAUGAAUGUGGUAGGGAUUUUUUUAAUGAUAGUAAAAGCAUAGUCCAUAUUAAGACUAGGGCUGCAACAACCAAUCGGUUAAAUCGAUACAAAUCGAUUACUAAAAGCGUUGGAACUAAUUUAGUUAUCGAUUCGUUGAGUCGCGCGAUUAAUACGUCACUUGUAGGCGUAGAACUGUUUACAGACACCGACCACGCCCACAGCGAGCCUUGCGUGCGCGUGAAUAGUGGAGCGAAUAAGCGGUGCAGGAAAGUUACGGAGCUAAAACUUGUAUUUUAGACGUGAAACGUGGCGGAAGCGGAGAAAACGGAUCUAACAGAUCAGGAAACUUUUAAACAACUGAAAACCUUAUUUUGUGCACUUUAUAAAAAAAAAAGGAGCCUUUUCAUUUUUGUAGAUAUAAAAAUGUUUGUCAUACAUUGUAUGUUUUUUUUGUGUUAUUCCAGUUAAUUUUGAUUUUAUUUUAUAAUUUAAUAUUACUGUUGAUAGCUCAAGGACAUUGGAGCAAUAACCUGUUGUUUUUAUACUUCAGUCUGCACUGUGAAUUUGAAAUGUUCAGUUUUUGAAUAAAGAUGCGGCAAUUACAAAUGUUUCUUUUUUUUAACCGAUUCAUAGAAAAAAUUAUCGACCGAUUAAUCGAUUAUUAAAAUAAUCGUUAGUUGCAGCCCUAGCACCAAAGCUCUGAGCAACUGCUGCUUUGAGGGCAAUAAUCUCUGUUUUGUUGAUAAUAAAAUGUAAAGAUUAUUUACAUUUCAUCCCGUCUUUGAUGGCAAUUAGGGGGAUACACUUUACACAUUAGAGCUCUCUCAGCACAAAACAAAAUCAUUCUUAAAAGGGUAUUUCAUCUCUAAAGGUAUUUCAAUGGGUACCCCCCACACCAUGUUACUGUUAGCACUAGCCCUUUAGGUAUUUCAACAGGUGAAAAAUAACACAGUCCUUUGGGACUAUUACUACUGU